AUGUUCAACUCCCCUUUCCUCCCACCACCAGAGCAAGGCAUUAGCGCUCAUCAUGGCAAUGUUGUUCCAAGCUCUUAUGCUUCUUCUGAUUACUUGCUUGAAAAGUACUCCAAUGAUCAUCUAGGGAGUCAUGAACUUCUUCAUUAUCUUGACUUACCAGAUCAUGAAGAGCCUUUAAUCAACAAUGUUCAUACUGAUUCCAAUUCAACCCUCACAGCAUGUGUUUAUCCAACUCCAUUCACUCGAGAAAUGACGAAUACUACUGGAAGCUCGGCCAACUGCAUGGAUGGCAUGCCAAUCAAUUGCAACAUGCAUGAAUCAAGAUGCAUGAGGGCAACGAAGAUGGCUAAGGUGGACCAAGGAAAUAUUAUUGCUAUUCGAACGAAGACUCAGCUUGAGAUCUUGGAUGAUGGAUUUAAGUGGAGGAAGUAUGGGAAGAAAACGGUGAAGAGUAAUCCUAAUCCUAGGAAUUACUACAAGUGCUCCACUCAAGGGUGCAAAGUAAAGAAGAGAGUAGAAAGAGAUGGCGAAGAUCCAAGCUAUUUGAUUACAACCUAUGAAGGCAGGCAUAACCAUGAAAGCCCCUGUUUUAUCUACUGUGAUGAAUUGCCUUUGGCCAUUUCCUAUGGAUGGACCUUGCGACCAUCGCAAUAUUCUUGAUCGACAAGACUAGUCCUUUUCUCUAAUACUAUCUACCAAAUUAUUUGCACAAGUAUCCAGCUGCAAAUAUUGUAGUUUAAAGUAAUAAUAAAGGAAAAAGGAUAACCACUACGAUGAUUAGAAAUCGGAAAUUUAAGCCCCACAGAUUUCUCUUGUAGAAAACUACACAGCCUGCCGGCUACUUAGCCAUC